UCAGCCGUCAGAUACCGGGGAAGUGUCAGAUCUUUGUCGUAACUUACUCACGUCGCCACACUUAUAAACACGUUUGUAUUACUUGUGGCAGCUGACCACCAUGGACGACAUUAAAGAUGGAUGGUUUACGGAAAAAUGCACGUUAUGGCCCGGACAGGCGAUGAGCCUCCAAGUGGAGGAGGUCCUCUACAACAAGAAGUCCAAAUUUCAAGAUGUUAUGGUUUUCAAGAGUAAAACCUAUGGGAAUGUGCUGGUGCUGGAUGGAGUGAUCCAGUGCACAGAGAGGGACGAAUUCGCCUAUCAAGAGAUGAUUGCCAACCUGCCCCUGUGUAGCCAUCCUUCCCCCAAGAAGGUGCUGAUUAUCGGCGGAGGAGACGGCGGUGUGCUGAGGGAAGUGGUGAAGAAUCCGCUGGUGGACUCGGUGGUUCUGUGUGAGAUAGAUGAGGAUGUCAUUAAUGUAUCGAAGAAGUUCCUCCCAGGAAUGGCCAAAGGUUUUUUCAGUCCCAAGCUCACCCUCCACGUUGGAGACGGCUUUGAAUUCAUGAAGCAGAACCAGGAUGCCUUCGAUGUCAUUAUUACGGAUUCCUCAGACCCUGUUGGACCUGCUGAGAGUUUGUUCAAGGAGUCUUACUAUCAGCUGAUGAAAGCAGCAUUGAGAGGCGGUGGAAUUCUUUGUUCCCAGGGAGAGUGUCAGUGGCUCCAUUUGGAGCUGAUAAAGGAGAUGCGAACCUUCUGCAAGACCCUAUUCCCUGUGGUGGACUAUGCCUACAGCACCAUCCCAACCUAUCCCAGUGGCCAAAUUGGAUUCAUGCUCUGCAGUAAAAAUCCUGAAACAAAUUUCAGGGAUCCAGUGAAAGCACUGUCAAAAGAAGAAAUGGAAAAUAUGAACCUUAAAUAUUACAACCCCGAAAUUCACAAAGCAUCAUUCGUCCUCCCUGAGUUUGCAAGGAAGGUACUUGAAGCGUGACCAGCAGCAACAGAUGUUCAUUUUCUACCUGGCCCUCAGAUCACAAAUAAGCAACAUGUUCUACGGCUUCUUCACCUCCUCAUCACAGCUCAGCACCACUGAAGAGGGUAGCUUCAUAAUGAUUUUAUGGGUAGGGGGAAACUUAUAAUCAGUGGAUGGAAAUUUUCGGAGUGAUAGUGAGAAAGUCUCUGUUCUACCCUUUCCUUCCUUCCAGUCUUACACACUCUUGGUGUUUAUUUAUUUGUGAUGUAUUUGGGUUUUUACCUCUAACUCUGUCAUUGUCUUAUCAGCAUGAGGAGCAAUUUAAUUUUUACUGUGGGAAAGAGCGUCGCAAUCAACCCUGACCUCACUCUGAAACUGUACUGUUUAUUGGAUUCACUGCAUAACACUUUAUGCAAUAUAUUACGUACUAUAUAGAGUAUGUAUAUGUAAUGUAUUGCUGUACUUUUAUUUGUAAUGUUUGAUAUCCGUUUGUACUCGUAGGAAGAUACACCGUUGUCACCCACCAUGACUGUCAUUUCAGAAUGCUAGAGUCCUCACACAUGAACCCUAUAGUGCCUGAAAUUGUUUAUUUUGUGUUGAGAAGAACUUGUUCUGUAUCUAUUAUAGUGUACCAGGCAGAUUGUGUCCUAGAUGAUGGAUCAAGUGUCACGAGUCGAGAAAAUUGUCCCUUUUUGAAAUAUCACCAACUGAAGUGAAUUGAUGCUCAGCUACGAUCAUCAGUAUAAUUUGGAAGACUUUAAUGUUACGGUGUUAAAAAUAAAAUAAAAUGGAGGAUGGCAUUGGAAGUUUUUAAUGCACAAAAUGUCUUUAAUGUGAAUUGAUUAUGCAAACUUGCAGUCUUGGGUAUUGACUACCUUUUUAGUGAACUUGUAUUGUAGGAAGCCAGUUUGCGGAGUCAUGAUUACAUGACCUGUUACUACCUAUUAGUUGUAAACCUCAUAUUCAAUUCUUGAUGACCUGCGCAAUGAGUUUGUGUUUUAUGAUAAUAAAUAAAUUGAUCAUUAAAUGAGA